AUGGCUAAGUGCGACUCAUGUAACAAGAUGAUGGAUGCUAACAAUAGCAUAACAUGCACUCAAGCAUCUUGCACGAAAGGACUGCACUUUGCCUGCAUGAACCCAUCUAUAAAGGAUGAUAAGGAACAACGACUGACCUGGAAGUGCCCGUCAUGCAAGGUGAAGGAGCCGCGCGCCAACCGGGACAAUACGCCCAUCAGGUCAUCUAAAGACGAUGGGAAGGGCAGCAGCGCGGAGAAUGUCACUGUACGUCGAGGUACACAGCAGCAGGAUAAAAAACAGCAGCAGGACUUCUUAGCAAGUAUGAGAGAAGAAAUUCUGAACACCAUACGAAGCGAAUUACCUAAAGUCGUACGCACUGUUAUCUCUGAUGAAUUGCGCCCAAUGAACAGCCUCAUUAAAGAACUUGAGAAAUCGGUCCAAGCCAUGAGUGGUAUGUAUGACUCCAUCAAAAAAGAAAUGGACUCCCAAGCUUCGCAAAUGCAGAAACUUAAGGAAGAGAACCUGUCCCUGCAUGAGAGUGUCAACGAGCUGCACGGACGCCUUUCAGACCUAGAGAAUGACUUCUCAAAGCAGGAGCAGUGGGCUCGUAUCAAAAAUAUUGAAGUCGUCGGUGUGCCGGAAAACAAUAAGGAAUCACUUCCACACAUAAUUGGAAUGCUUGCUGAGCACACGGGAGUGAAGGUGACAAGUGACGACCUGGUGUUCGUGAACCGCGUGCAGGCGAAGCGCGCUGGCGGCGGCCGUCCCAGGGCCAUUGUGGCGCAGUUCAAGGAACGAGCUACCAAGGACACCCUACUGUCUGCCUUCAAAAAGUGCCGCAGCAUCACCACUAAAGACAUAGGAAUGGACGGUGAUCACCGCAAGAUUUACAUUAACGAGCACCUUACUGUUAAGAACAAAGUUCUGCUAUCUAAAACAAAAGACCUCGCCAAGGAGGCAGGGUACAAGUUUGUAUGGUCAAAAAACUGUCGAAUUUACAUGAGAAAGUCAGAGAACUCUCCGUUUAUUCUUAUCACCAAAGAAUCAGACUUGAAAAGCAUUGUAAAAUAA